AGAAUACAGCCUGCACACUCUGACUGCAAUGAACCUUCCAGUCUAUUAACACGGAGAGAGAGGGUGACUUGGUCCAGAUUUCGGUGAGCUUUGUGUAAAUGACCCACAGGCACAGAUCGACUGCGAGAGAAUGAGGAAUGGAGAACAUGGAAGGAACAGAGAGAGACAGCAAGGAAGAGGGAGAAGCCUCGACCGAAAUAGAUGAGGAACGAGGGAUGGAAGGACAGGCAGGGAGAGGGGAGGAAGGAGAGCAGGACAUGGAGGAAUGGAACGGGCUGAUCUCUGGAGAGGGAGCUGGGGAGGUGGCAGACAUUUUGGACAGUGAUGACUCCAUCACCCCGAAUCAUGUCCUGAGACUGACUGCCUACACUUCCGAUUACCUGUGCUCUCCGGAGGACAACAUCUACACCAUCGCCUUCUCUCGCUUCAAAAUCAGAGAUUUGGGCUCCGGGGCCCUUAUACUGGACCUCAAAAGGCACUGUCCGACAGAAAUUAAAGAUGUGAUGGAACAGGAUGUCGGAAGGUUCAUUCAGUAUCACUUCAGCCCUGCAUUUCUCACACUGAGGGAGAUCGGAGCCACGCUGGAGUUCACUGUAGGGGGGAAGGCUGUGAACAGGUUCAGGCUGAUAGAGAGGCAUUACUUCAGAGAUCAGCUCCUCAAGACCUUCGACUUUGAGAUCGGCUUCUGUAUCCCCUACAGCAGGAAUACCUGCGAGCACAUUUACACCCUACCUGAGCUGGACGCUCACACAGUGGAAGAGAUGAUCGCCAGUCCGUUUGAGACCAAGUCAGACAGCUUCUACUUUGCCAACAACAAGCUGAUAAUGCACCACAAGGCAGAGUAUUCCUUCUGUGAGAGAUAGGAGCAGCACUGACUGUGUGUGUCUGUACCCUGCACCACUGACAGAGCACCAGAACUGACUGUGUGUCUGUAUCCCAUACCACUGACAGAGCACCAGAACUGACUGUGUGUGUCUGUACCUCACAGCACUUACAGAGCACCAGAACUGACUGUGUAUGUCUGUACCUCACACCAGUGACAGAGCACUAGAAAUGACUGUGUGUCUGUACCCCACACCACUGACAGAGCACUAGAAAUGACUGUGUGUCUGUACCCCACACCACUGACAAGCACUAUAAAUGACUGUGUGUCUGUACCCCACACCACUGACCACCAGGAGGCAUCCAUACAGACUGACCCCCAGCCAUCUCCAUACUUCAACACUAAGGCCACACAACAAUGUUAAAACUCAGUGGGACAAUAUUUACUGCCGAAGAGAUAGUCUAUUUAUGCGCUAACUGGUUGAAGGUACUUAUUUUAUUUGUCAUGUGAUGUACCACAGUCAAAAAAGAAGGUAUCCAAAUUUACAUUUCAAAAAGUCUCACUUUAAUAGAGUCUAUUCAACUGAUACACAUUAAGUUAUUUUAAUAGACACGCUUCUGCAGUCACAUUAAUGGAG